AUGGAUAAUAUGGAACAAAAUUCAAAUCGCACUUUUAUUCAUGAUUAUCCAAAUAGCAAUAUAAUUACUACCAUCUAUUAUGAAAGUGGUAGCAAAUCUCAUUCGAGAAAGUACAUUAUUCAUUCGUUAGGUAUUUAUCCUUCCAAUGUAAAAAAAACAAAGAGAACAUCAAAAAAUUGCCCUGAAUAUGAAAUACCAGAUAAUUAUAAAGUUGAAACAACUUUAGAAGGGUAUGACAUUAUUUGUGAAACAAAUUAUUCAUCUAAUGGGACGGUAAAGUUUAUACUUAACUGGAAAGAUUCACAAGGUAUUGAUCGAUAUAUCUCAAAUAAUAAUUCUGCAUCGGGUGUUGGCAAAGACUUUUUAAUGCUAUUAAAUAAAAAAACUCGUAUUUCUGGAACUAUUCUAUUUGGUUUUGAUAUUCCUUGUUUAAUUGAAGCACAAAAAUCUAUUUUGAUACCUAUCAAUUGUAAAAAUUCUUUCACUGCUCUUACAUCACGUUCACAACAAAACAAGCGUAUAAAAUUACUAGCUAAAGAUAUUGAAAGGGCAUCACAAAUAAUUUUAAAACAACAAAAUUUUGAUAACACAAAAAUUCGAUAUAUUGAACUUGAAAUUGGUGAUGAAAUAGUUGGGAUUGAUCUAUCAAAAGUUAAUUUAGAUUUUACUAGAAUUCGUCAGGAUGCGGUUGUUUGUGCAUGUGAUGAAGCACUAAUACCAAGAGAUGGGUAUAGACAUUUGGCAGCUAUUAGUCCAAAUCUUGAAAGAGAAUAUCAAAUUAGUAAUAGGCGAAAUGAAAUUUCUAAAUAUAUGGAAACAAUCAUUCCAAUUUAUAAUUGUAAAAUAGAAUUAGAUAAUGUACAAAAUAAUUCUAAUAAUUCUUCUAAUAAUUUUUCUAAUAAUAAUUCUGUAAAUUCUAAUUUUUCUUUAACUAAUGAUCAAAGUGGAAUUUGUUCUUAUCGUUCUAUUAAAGAUUUAUUAAAUACUUUGAUACCAAUUUGGAAAAAAAAAUCAAUUUUAAAUAUUGGCGAUAAUAUUAAAUUAAAAUUUGGUGGUGACGGUCAUAUAGUUACAAAUAAAUAUUCUCACGUUAUGUUUACAAUGUGCUUACUUAAUGAAGGAGAUGAAGUAUUAAAACCUGAUAAACAAUAUUGUAUCCUAUUAUACAUAGGUAAAGAACAAUAUGAAAAACUUUCUAUUGCGGUCUCAAAAUUCAGUAAUGAAUUAGAUUCUUUAAAAAGUGCUGGAUUUAUUGACCAAGAUAACAUUACAUGGAGCAUUGAAUUUUACUUUAGUGGGGAUUGGAAAUUUAUGGCUCUCGUUAAAGGAUUAAAAGCAGCAAAUUCAAAAUAUUUUUGUUUAUUUUGUGAAUGCCCAAAAGAUUCACGUGGAAACUUAAAUUUACAAUGGAAUAUUUCAGAAAAUAAGAAAGGUAUUGAACAUCCAAGUCUUUUUCCAAUAAUCGAACUUGAUCAUUGGAUCCCUGACGAAUUACAUGUCAUGUUAAGAAUAACUGAUGUUUUAAUGGAUUGUCUAUUCCGAGAUUUAAUGAUCGAUUUAAAUGAAUUUAAAAAGGCUAUCAAAAUUUUAAUUGAAAAGGAAAUGCAAAGAAUUGGUUUGACAUAUUUCCAGUUUUUUGAAUCAAAAUCCAAAGGAAAGUCUUGGGAUUGGACAUCUUUGACUGGACCUGAUAAAUUGAUAAUGUUACAAUAUUUUGACGAUUCAUUUACUGAUGCUGAAAUUGACUCUUUUGAGGUUAAUGCGAAAAAUUGGAUCAAGUUGUUUUGUGAACCUACUAUCGGAAAAUCAAAUUCUAUCAAUCAAAAGAGAGGCAUGUUUAAUCCUACUGAUAUAACUCCAUAUAUGCAUAUUUUUGUAUUUCAUAUUCCAGAAUUUUUAAGGAAAUUACAACAUAAAGGAUUAAAUAUGAGACAGUUUUCUACUUCAAGUAUAGAAAAGAAAAAUCAUUUACAUGUGAAAUUAUUUUUUGGGGGGACAACUAUGGGAGGAGGAAAUAAUAACAACAAUCAUUCCGUUUUACAUGAUAUCAUGUCGUUUGAAAAUAGACAAUUAUACUACUUAAUUAAUGAUACACCCCGAUGUAUUAAACAAAGAAUCAUCCGUUCAAAUCCUUGA